GGAAAAAAACUUUUGUGAUAGCAAAUUUAACAAUGAUGAAAUUUUAAUCACCCAACUUUCCUCAUUGAAAAUUAUCUUUUUUUGCACUUGUGUGUGUAUUUUGCAAAGUUUCUUCUCAUGAAAUGUAACAUUUUGAAGUUGUGUGUAAAUAAUUUUCUGCGAUAUAAUGUUUGUUUGCCCCGCAAUAAAAGUGCCCAGUUUCGAAAAAAAAAUUAUCGUUCUAGAUUGUGUCUUCAAUUGAAUAAAGUUGCUCACUUGGAGCCAUUUCUUCAGUCACCCUCGAGCUCCCCACGAGUGUGGGAUGCUGAGCUUUUGCUUUAAGCGCAGUGCUUAUUUUUUGUUAAUUUAUAAAUUUAGUGAAAUUGCAUAAAAGUGCAAAAUGGCGGUAAAGGAUAUUCGAAUAAGUGGAAAAUUAGUGCAAUUUCUAGGUGCAAUUUGUGUCAAUUUUGGUGCAAUUGUCUAUGGGCUUGUGGUAGGAUGGCCAUCCGCGACAAUGCCAAUCCUAUCGUCGGCAGAAUCUCCACUGCCGUCGGGUCCACUCACCAAGGAAGAAGUAUCCUUGAUAAAUUCCAUCAUGGCAUUGGGGGGAAUGGCUGGAGCAUUAAUUUUUGGCUGGAUGGCCAAUCGUUAUGGACGAAAGUGGCCUUUGGUGGCAGGAAUGAUGCCUCAAGUCAUUGCUUUUAUCCUCAUAGCGUGUGCCCAAAAUACAUCUUACCUCUACACAUCACGCUUUCUUUCGGGUGUCUCUGGAGGAGCUCUCUUCGUCCUUGCUCCCAUCUACGUCAAUGAAAUCUCAGAGAACAGCAUUCGCGGAAUGUUGGGCUCCAUCCUGGGAAUCUUUUACAACGUGGGAGUCAUCAUUGCGUAUGUCAUCUGUGCAUACAUGUCUUUCUACUCCGUCCCAUAUGUUGCACUCGGCCUUCUAGCCCUCUUCUCGUUGUACAUCUUUUUCCCAGAAUCUCCGCAAUAUCUCCUGCUCAAGCAAGAGGAUGCAAAAGCAGAGAAGUCUCUAAAAUUCUUCCGUGGUUUCUCAAGGGAUGAUCAAGUAAAGUUGGAGUUUGAAUCCCUUAAAUCUUCUGUGGCUCCCACAAGCACAAAAACCAGUAUAACUAUUCAAGAUUUUAAACCCGCAACAACGAGAAAAGCUCUUCUCGUAACUUAUAUCCUUAUUUGUGGGAGAAAUUUCUCAGGAGUGUUCCCACUCAUGAAUUAUACGGUGGAUAUAUUUGAGCAGGCUCAAACAGGAAUUGAUCCUCACAUCUCAGCCAUAAUUGUGGCAGUUAUUCAGCUGGCUGGUACUAUCGUUUCUGCCUACUACACAGACAAGUCCGGGAGAAGAAUCCUCUUGAUUCCCUCCCUCGUUGGAGUAGGACUUUGUCUCACUGUCAUUGGAGUUUAUUUCUUCCUUAAUGAGCGAGGGUAUGACCUAUCUGCCGUAUCUUGGCUUCCCCUUGUGUUUCUGUCGGGAACACUCUUCUUAGCAGCAGCCGUUCUCAAUAUACCUGUGUAUGUUCUGUCGGAGCUUCUUCCAGCUAAAAUCAGGAGUCCCGUGGCUACAGUUUAUAUGGCCACCGCCUGGCCAACUACUUUCCUCAUCGUUCAGUACUAUACUCCACUAGCUGACCUUCUAGGUGUGUAUAGCUGCAUGUGGAUCUUUGCUGGAUGGUGCUUCUUUGAAGCUGUAUUUGCGUAUUUUAUGCUGCCUGAGACAAAAGGAAAGAGUCCGGAUGAGAUUGUUUUGGCGCUCGAGGGAAAAAUCAAGUGAACAACUUACAGCGGGGUACCUGAAAUACACUGAAAAUAGGACUGUCCACUUUAAUAAGGCUUAUUAUUUUAAGUUUUUUUUGAACAGAAAUUUUAUAAAAUUUUAUUUUGUAAAUAUGUUAGUACUUAUACAAUAAAUAAUAAAAUAAUACUUGAGAUGUAAAAGCA